AUGGAGAUACUUGGCCACCCCGUGAGAGCUGUUUCUGAAUGGUGUGAACAAGAGCCUGAUCUCGGGGGCCUGGGGGUCUGGGAAGUGCUGGUGGGAGCCUCCAGGUGGGCGGCCUCAGUGGCCCCCAGAACAUCCGGUCUGAGGCCGCCCUGGAAGGCCGUGCUCACGCCCGCCAUGCGCUAUGUUGGGCAGCAAGUGGGCCCCCCCCCACACAUCGCCAUCUGCCAGGAGGACCGCGCCGAGUGCCGGAGCCGCUGCUGCAUCCCCAGCAGCCUGAACCCGCAGACGUUCUGCACGCCCAAGACCAUCUUCCUACAGUGUGUGCCUUGGCGCAAGCCCAACGGGGCCUAUUGCACCCACCACAAGGAGUGCCGGAGCCAGUGCUGCAUCAAGCUCGACGAGGCCGGCCGCUACCGCUGCACCCGCUUGAGCGGGCUCCUGGCCCAGUGCCUGCCCUUGGUGAGCCCCUCAGCCAUGGGACGGAGGUGCCUCCGGCACGGAGGGGUCCUGGAUGUGACUGAGGUCCUGCAGCCGCUGAAUGUGGCUGUCUCCAAACCCAGUGGGCGUCCCGUUCCGGGAGAGGCUCACACCUGCUGUCUGGAGACUGGCCUCCAGGUCCGUUUCCGUGAGCAGGAAAGCGCGGACGAGGACUCAGGAAAGGAAAGAGUGACAGGGAAGAAAAGCUGCAAGGGGGAACCAGCAUGGACUUCGCAGAAGCUCACCUGGAUCUUGUGCCUGAGUUUGGCUGGGAGCUUGGCUCGUGGGUCCACGCUGCUCUUUCUGGGCUGUGAAAACCUGUGA